AAAGAAAGAAAAAACAAGGGAAGCAACCAAUUUGGUUCAAUUUCUACGUUUCCUAGCUCUAAAAAUCCAAUUAAUAAACCCCAAACCCUUCCUCCUCCGAUUUGUAACAAAAUGUCGGAAAUGGAUAUAGACUUGGAGGGUCCAACCAAAAUUCCAACCAGGCAAUCCCGUUUUGCUCCCAAAAACUCUAAACUAAAACAACCCCAACCCAAAACUGAAACACUAACCCAAAUUCCAAAAUCUGAUUCCACUACAAAGGAAGAAUUGACUCAUCAUUUACCCGAAAACGGGGCGAAAACGGGUACUAGCAGCGCUAGUACCUGUUUUGAUCAAGAAGAAGAAGAACAAGUAACUGACAGUGGUCAUGAUGAAAUUGUUCGUGAAAUUGAUGUUUGUUUUAAUCCUUCUUUUGAUCCAACCACUCAGCUGUACGUGUUUCAAUAUCCAUUGAGGACCGUAUGGCGUCCGUAUGAAAUGGAGGAAAAGUGCCAAGAGGUGAGGUUGAGACCUAAGACUGGAGAAAUGGAGGUUGAUUUGGCCAUAGAUUUUGAUUCUGAUAAUUUUGACAGAGACUCAGUCCAUGCAGGAAUGAUGAAAAAGCAGACUCUUUCUACGUCAUGGAUGCCAUUACCAACUUGCGCCUCUGGAUAUGCUGUUGGGGUCCUCAUUGGUGAUAAGUUACACCUCAAUCCUGUUCAUGCAGUUGUACAGCUCCGACCAUCAAACCAGCAUCUUAAGGAAAUUGAGUUGAAGAAGAACAUUACCACUAACAAUGAUGAAAAAAGGGUUGAAAAUGAAGACGUCAAAGAUAAAAAAUCUGUGGGACCAUCAAAGAAGCAGAGCAAACCACCUGGGAUAGAAAAGGAUAUUGUAGAGGAUUGGUUACAUCUAAAAUACCAUGGGGCUAGGAGUGACAUUUCAGCCAGAUAUCUGCAGAAAAUGGCCAUGGAGGAAGGCUCUCCAGUACCAUUUUCAAUGAGCCCGGUUGAUUAUCUGAAUACCUUUUGUCCUGGAAGACCAGCUGAGACUGACAGAUUAAAAAAUCUUCGAACAAGGUUGUCUCAGUUACCUCUUGAAGAACGUGUUAGAACUUGGCUUCUUGAGGGCCCUCCAAUUCAUCGUUUUGAUGCUCUAAAGCACCUAGCGCCAGAUAACCCUGUUGAUGAGUUGUUGAGAGUCCUCCAAAUGUACGCACAAUUAGUUCAAGGAUUGUGGGUUCCAAAAAGUUCAUUAGUCUAUGGAACGAAUAGUGGAGUUGGAGUUUUAGCGAGGAAUUUUGUUCUUUAUGAGUUUACCAAGAGUAUAUUUAUUAAGAAGUCAGCUUUUGGCAGAUGGCCUGAAUUCCUUAAAGCUGCGACACCAGCACUAAAAUCAUUAGCCGUUGAGAGGCCUGACAUGAAUGAUUGGAAGCUCAAAGAGCAUCCUGACAAGAAUUUUGAAAACCUUUAUGGCGAUGUUGUGAAAGAGCAGCAAGCUACUUGGGAGUGCUUGGGGAAACAGAUCAAUGAUGUUUUGCCUGGAAGAGGAAACAGGUCUACCAUGAAGAAUCCUUUUAGCCCAAAUGCCAAUAUUCCUGCAUUGCCAAGUGGUGAUAAACCCACUUCUACCUCAGUUUUGAGAACAUCUAUGUCAGAAGAAAUUCGAGAAGCUUUACCAAGGGCACUUCAAAGUGUUUUUAAAACUUAUAAGGUUUGCAGUUUCCAACAAAUCCGCCAACGUCUGCGAGAACUGGGAGUUUUUAAGUCAUAUCCUCUAAAGGGAACCCCAAGGAGAGCUGAUCUUUUCGAUCCACCUCCGGAGGAUAUACAGGCAGUGAUUAAUCAGAUCGCUGUAAACAUCCAUGGUGUCUAUGUUUUGAAGUCAUCGCCAGAUAAUCCACAAUAUGAUGCAUUGAGGAAAGUUGUAAUUGAUCUUUUUAUGGCUGAAGGGCCUAGUGCUAAGCUAAAGAAGCCAUCUGUAGAUGAAGCUGCCAAGUCGCAACUGAAAAGGGAUAUUACCGAUGUUGAAUUUCUAAAGGUUAUGAAGGAGCUAUGCCAUUUAGAAAAGGGAGAAAAUUCAGCAUGGGUUUUGAGAAGUGGAGACGGCAAGCCAGAAUAGUCUGCUAUCUUUAAUUCAAGUUGUACAGGUCACGGAAGGUAAGUACAUGAUGUUUGUCGCGGAAAUUCUCAAUAAUUAGCAGUAAGUUAGCUUUGCUUGAGGUUUCCCUUUACUCUUAAGAAGCACAAUUGUUUAGUUUUAGGGUUAUACAGUGUCUCAAGUAUAUGGUUGAGCUGUUAGUAGGAAUCACUUUGCGUAAAUUUAGGAGAUAACUAUUUGUCUGAAGAUAUUGAACAGAUCUUCCAAUUAAUCACACUUUUUUGUUCAAGAA